AUGGACGGCUUCAGCAUCACAGAGCGGGUUCGUUCGUUCUUCCAAGCGUGCCGUAGCAGGUGCAUCGGCUCGCAGAUCGUGGAGGGCGGGUUCAAUGGCCAGAAGAACAGCGUCCCUCAUGAGAACAGGAAUGGCGCAAUCGAGACUGCGUUCCACACGUUGUUCGACAAGAAGGUUGCGUCCAAGAAGCACGACUACAAGGGGUUGACUUUCCCGAUGUUCAAUUACCAGCGCGACCUCAAGGCGAAUGACUGGAGCGCCAGAUUCGCCGAUGCCGUCAUCAUCGACCACUGCGUUCGCUUCGGCUGCCUCGGCAAGAUCCAGCACGCUUGGCGCGGCGAGAUGUUCAUGGCGACGUCUAAGCUCGCUGUCAGAUGCACGCUGGCAGGCGCCGCUACGCCAUGGAUGUUGCCUCUGACGCACUUCUCCCGCAGCGCUGGGGUUGCUUGGCCUCACAAGGAGCACGCGGUAGUGAAUGCAGAUGUUGUGUUUAUGCAGUUGUCCUUGGGUGCUGUGAGUAUUGAUGAGUUGCUCCGUGCUGUUGCUGACCCGAGCAACUGGGAAGCGAUCCCUGUCGAAUGGUGUUCGGUAUUCUCGCGGUGUCUUCUUCUUGGAGCUCAGCUGCCCAGGGAGCUGCCAGGUGGGCUCGGCGGCAGGCUCCGAGUGACAGGACGUGCUGCGCCUCUCCUUGUGGUUGCUGCUCGCACGUGCUUCCUCGGCCUGAGCAAGACGCAGCUGACCAGACUGAUGAAGUACCAAGGGGUCGCGGCCAAGGGGGGCAGCUUGUACGGGAUCCUUGAGGCGCUCAUCAAGUGCAACCUCGGCAAGCCAGACGCGCCCGCCAACGAGGACGAGCUGCUGGAGAUCAUGGCCAUCAGGAUGGUGGAGUCGGUAUCGAAUCAGAACGCAACCCUGGAGACGUUCAUGCAC